GCUGCACCCAUUUCCAGCACCAGCGGCAAGCAGCUUCAUUUUUUGUUUCUUCGAACACAAAAAGAAGAAGAAAAAGAAAGCUCGUAUUUUUUCUGAAAAGUUUCUUGGGAAACAAACAAGCGAUGGAUGAUUACACGAGAGAGAUGAUGGAUUUGAAAACCCUAGUUACACGAACCCUAGAGAAGAAAGGUGUUCUAGCUAAGAUCAGGGCUGAACUCAGGGCAAGUGUCUUUGAAGCAAUAGAAGAAGAGGAUCGAGUAAUUGAAAAAGAAGAAGGUUUACCUCCUGCAUUAUUGGGCAGCUGCAAUGAUCGUGCUAAACAACUUCAUGCUUCUCCUUCUGGAAGACUAUUAACUGCACUAAUAUGCGAGUACUUAGACUGGGCGCAGCUAAACCACACACUAAAAGUUUAUCUGCCAGAAUGUAAUAUGCAAAAAGAUUUUUGGAAAGCUGAGUUGAAAGACUUUAGUGGCAAAAAUGCUUAUGAUCUUAACAGAAACGGGGAUAGUGGUCCUUUGCUUUUGGAUGUUCUUGAAGGCUUCUUGAAAUUUGAGAACUUAUCCCAAGCAAAGGGAACUGGAAGGAGGCCACAGGAAAUUGAGUCGUCAUCUAGUUUAGAGUCUCGAAACACAAGAAGACCCUCAUCAUCAACUGUUGCUGGUGGCUUGCCCCCAUUAGGAAGGCCUGUUCCUGUUUCGCAGUCAUCUGAUAGGAGAGCAGGAUCCUCCAUGUCUGGCUACAGGAAAGAUGAGUACAGUUGGAGAUAUGACAAUGAUGAUAUCCCAGAAGAUGUGAUCCGAGCUUCAUCUGCCCUGGAAAAUCUUCAAUUGGACAGAAAAGCUAGGAAUCUAACUACUUCUUGGCGGCAUGCUGGGGAUGGAAUCAGCGAGGAUGAUGGCAGACCCGAUCAUAUGUAGCUGAAUGACAUCUGUUGAAUUACGGCACGUGUAGUUUAGUGUGUAUUUCAAGGUUUCAACAAUCCAAGUUUUUUUUUUUUUUUUCAACCAUAAAAGAAGGAUAUGUAAGUUCUAUAUGUAAUUGUGAUGUGAUUUUAGUGUUUCUCUUUGAGCUUUCUCUCCUCUCUUUCACUUCUUAUCUUUCGGAUCCAUUUUAGUCUUUUUAAAUCAGUUACUUCUUUAUUCUAAGACCUUUCAGUGUAUCAGCUGUUUUCAGGUUUUGAAUUGGAUGCUUAGAUCAAUUAUUGUUCUUUCA